AUGGAUUCGGACAGUAUGCAACCUAGUAGCACAAAAUUGCUUGGGGUCCCGCCGGCACGACCAACAGCCGUCCCCACUGCGGCAACGCCGAACAUUUCCAUUGCUCCGAAGCAACCCUUCGAUGUCCAACAAGAUAAACUCACGAUAAAUCCCAAUGGACUCAUACGAAUACCGCCCCAUAUAAACCAGUUACUGGGAUCCCGUCCUGUUGAAGAAACGCUGUCUUGCUUCCAAGUGUUUCACAAGGCAGAUGGUUUUAUUCGGUCGGGAGGAGUUAACCCGAUCAUCGAGAAGGCGUUGGAGGAUAGUAAGAGGUAUAUGAAGUUACAGGCACUUGUUGCACAAGGCUGUGCCUACCAGUACGAAAGGGCGGAGAUUCGUGGAGGGUCCGGAGUAAAGGCACAGGGCACUUUAUUUCAGUUUGCUGUUGGGCCGACUCAUGUCAGUAUCCAAAUCGGCGAAGAGCAACUUGGAUUGCCUGUAAAAGGGUUUGUCAAUGGAACAUAUAGCUUGGUCUUAUCCCCAAAGCGUUUAUUUCCAGCUUACGUUGAUAUAACGGACAUGUCUGCGAGCAGCGCAGAGCUUGACAAGAUCACAGGCCCUCAUGGUGUAUAA